AUCAGCAGCCAAUCGACCUGACUCACUCACUCUCUGCGCGCCUUCAAAUUCCCAUCGCAUUCGCACAGCUCGCAGCGUAGGAUUCGCAUCAAGCAAAAAGCGGCGUCUUUCCUCAAAUUAGUCUCAGUCGAUCUCAGGAUCCCGGAAGCGGCGGAACGGCCUUCAUCAUGAUGAAGACAAAGACCAAUAAUUUUCCAAAUCCACCAAACGAGAGGAGCCGCAAUGGUCGAGAACCCUCUCAGCCCUCGGUCUUUUCUAUUUCCCUCGACCCGGGCCAACUUAAGAGUUAUGACAAGGCAAGCUGGCAGUGCGAGUGUGGCUCGUUCUCCAGCUCGGUCGUCACCAUUCCCGAUGCCACUCAGGAUCACCCCAAAGAGAAGUCGCUCUUCGCCAGGGCCAUCAUGAAGCUCUCACCUAAGGUGAUCAUCGACGUCGUUUGCGUUACCUCUGUGGUGCUGAUUCUGAUUGUCAUCGAGACAGGAUGGCUCCCUGGAGCCAAGUCGGGCUUUUACUGCGAUGACAAGACGAUCGCUCACAAAUUCACCGGAGACACGAUUUCGCUCAAUCUGCUGCUCGGCGUUUCGUUCGUCGCACCCCUUCUUUUUCUCUAUUCAAUUGAAUCGUCAUGCUGCCACUGUUCAGGCUCGGACGAGGGCUCGUGGUUGAUGAAAGCGUGGCGUCACACGUGGGUCUGGUACCGAGAGUACAUGCUCGGCCUUGGAAUGAUAAUCCUGGCCACCGAGCUGGCCAAAAUUAUGGUCAGUGAGCCGCGACCGCACUUUCUGCACACCUGUGCGCCCGACGCUAUGGUUAACGGCGUCGAGCACUGCAAGUCGCUUGCGCCUGCCACACAGGGGUACAUUGAGGAGUUCAACUGCACCAAUAAAGACAUCAGUGACUACAGACUGCGAGACUCGGUGAAAUCUUUCCCUUCGGGCCAUGCGUCGGUCUCCGUCUUCACAGCCAUGUUCCUCAUAUGUUUCCUUCAACGUCGAAUGACUGGAGUGCCGAGAAACAGUCCCUCUCAGUAUUUGAAACCUUGGUUGCAGUGCGUCUGCCUUACCUGGGCCCUUCUCUGUGCUCUCUCAAGAAUCAACGACCACAGGCACCACCCGCACGACGUCAUAGCGGGCUCUAUUUUUGGUGCCAUAUUUGGGCUCGUCACCGCACGAUACUUCUGUGGAGGUUUCUGGCCAGGCCAGUGUGCAAUUCGACUUAAUCAGGACCCCCCGAGCGAGGGCAACUCUUCGGGCGGCACGGCGGUCACCACUCUGGAGGAGCGCAAUGGACUCAAACACCACCCAUCGGUGCGCCGCCUGCUUUCUUCGACCUCCUCCUACACUGGCUCCAUUGGCACCGAUGAACUCCGUGAAGUGAGAUGAAGUGGAUAGUCAAAUAGUUGAACAACUUUUACUGCUGUCUGUGAUCAGAGUGUAUUUAUUGACGAAUAAUUUCUCCGACUAUAUCCUUCUUUAAAAUCUGCACCGCAAAUUUAUCUCCAAGGAAAUCAUACAGGAACACGACUUCUCUAUUUUUGAUUGCAAGCGACACUUCAUCGACUUGGCGCUUGAAAUUGGUCUUGUUUUAGAAAGUUCUUGCAACAAAUUAAUCUGUAAAUAUAUCCAACGAAGCGCAGGAAAAUUGAAUAUUUCAAAGUACAACUAAAACUAACACACAGCAAAAAUAUUUUUUAAACAUUUAUGGGCAUCCAAUUUUAAUACAUAAGUAUUAUGUAAAAAAAAAUACUGAAAUUGUUACCAUCAGUAUUAGAUUAUUCAUGUUGUUCUUGCCGUGUGAUUGUAGUAAGUGUCUCUCUGUGUAAUGAUUAAUAAUUGUCGUUAGGCUUGAAUGCCACUCGCACUUCACAAGCCAGUCUUGCACAAUGUGAUUUAAAAGCAAAGUUAAAAAGUUUUAAAAUGUGUAAGUUUUGGAAUGUCUCCUUUGUGUCACGUCAUGAAUUUCUGUUUUUCCAGAAAUAUUGCCAAAACUGACGAGUCUUUGACGUUUCUUUAUUUUAAUAUUAAAACAAACCAAGGGGCCAAUCUGCAGUUAUAAAUACAAAAAUUUUCAUUUCUUUAAUUGCAUAACUGUGGUCAUGAAAAUACUGUAUGCUUAAAUAGGUUAAAUAUGUGUCUUAAUCUUCACUAAAAAAAAAAAAUAUGAUAAAAAAGGAAUAAAAUCGGCCAAUUAUUAAAUUGA